AGAGCAAUAAUAUAGCAUUUUUUUUAAAAUCAUUGUCCCAGACGUGAAAGAAUAUCGAUACUUUUAUAAAGAAGUUUAUUUUACUGAAAGUCUCGUACUGAAUCACCACUGCAGGUUCUAUCAAGCACAUUUAAUAAAGUUUAACAUUCUUUUCACUUCCCAAGUAUGAAAAACUUUUUAAGAAUUGGAUUAAUGCUUUUUCUAAGUGCUGAGUAUUACUUCUGCGCUUCUGAAAAAUAUGAGAACACGACAAGUAGAGUAAUUGAACGCAGGAUGAUUGGAGGAAGGGAGGCAGAAAAAGGAGAAUUUCCAUUUUUGGUAGCAAUAUUUAAAAAAAAUCGUUUUAAGGGUGCUUUUUCUUUAAUCACAACAAGGACGUUAAUAGGAACAGCGCACGUUGUAGCAAAAUACAAAGUCAAAGAUAUUUACGGAAGAAUAGGAGACGUUAACAAAAACGCGGGGAAGAAAGUGCUGUUUCGGAGAAGGAUUAUACACGGACGUUAUAAUCCAAAAGAGUAUAAUAAUAAUGAUAUUGCACUUCUGAUUCUCGCACACAGAAUUAACGAUAUAUCUCCGAUUGCUUUAGUUCGAAAAGAUUUAACAUUUACUGAAGGUCACGCCACGUUGGUCGGUUGGGGAAAUAUUGGUUUCAAAAAAGAUGAUAAAACAGACCUUCUUCAAGUAGCUGAAGUAAACUUAGUAGAUCCAAAAUACGUGGCUCGUAAAUUCGACUACGAAUUAACUUACAAAGAAAUUACAACAGUGUCAUCUAGAGUAAUAGGCAUGAAAGGAGAUUCUGGCUCACCACUGAUCAAGAGAGAUGCGUUAAACAGACCAGUGCUUAUUGGCAUUUUGUCUAACGGCGGAAAUAAUACUGGAAAACCAGAUGUUUACAUGUCGACCAGUGUUCACUAUUCUUUUAUAAGAACUUUCAGAGUCGGACGUCCCACAUACUUAGACGUAAAAAAUUAA